ACAGCUGUGGACCAUGUCAAUGAGUCGAGGAUGAUUCCGGAAGGGAGCGUCCUGGACCCUUGUCACCUCGAGGUCUUCCGGCAAGCUUGUAGUUUGUUGGGAGUCCAAGAGCCUGCGGAGUUCUCUCUACACCCUGUGAACUCUCCUGCUGUUUUACUGUUCUGGAGAUGUCUGAUCGCCAUGUUGGACGUCUGUACGCCGGCGCAACGAACAGUGUUUUACAACUUUAGAGUUGUCCAACUUACAGUGGAACCACCAUUUGAGGAAGCAGCCGCAACAUCGCUGCAGCCGGCAUCUCCAGAGUCGUCAGCCGAAGCUGAUUUACCUCCAGGUCUGGAAGAGUACUACGUGGUGGAUGAAGUCAAUUCCGAGGACGAGGAGACUGCGUUGCCUACCAUUAGCGCGCCAAGCAGCCCUGACGUCAUUGACAGUCAUUUCCACCUUGACAGGACCAGCCGCCAGAUCUGGGGAAAGAGCAGUGGACAUACCGUUGAGGAUUUGCUGGCCUAUAGCUAUUCGGAUGCUGUGGCGGAGACCCCAAGCAUUCCAGUGAAUGUUGUCGGAGGCAUUGUUGUGUUCAGCGAACCCAACACAUACCCCCCUGUGGACUUUGAGUCGCAUGGACCAUGGAGGGUAGCAGUUGGUGUCCAUCCCAAACACUAUGAGACACUCACCGUUGAGCGGAACAUUUGUCUCCAACGUCUGCUGGAUCAUCCCAAGGUAGUGGCUCUAGGAGAGUGUGGCCUAGACCGGACCAUACCCAUCUUGAGAUGGUCGCAUCAGGAGGAGGUUUUUGCUAAACUCCUGAGGAUGGCUCGGCCUGAUCAACCCCUAGUGCUACACUUAAGAGGAGUCAAGGGAGAUAUCCAUGGCACGGAUGUGUACAGAUCUGCUCUGGGUAUGGUGGAGGAUGUAUGCUCCAGUGAGCAGAGGAUCCAUGUUCACUGUUUCAUGGGAAAGAGCGAUAUUGUCAGGGCGUGGCUGCGGAAGUUUCCGAACACAUAUUUUGGUGUAACUGCUGCUGUCCGCGUUUUCGACAACCCGCAACUGGAAGGACUCAAGGCCAUCCCGUGGAACAGGUUGCUGCUAGAGACCGAUUCUCCCUACUUUCCCCCUGGGAAGGCAAGGGUUAGUACACCAGCGUACAUUGGGGAGACAGCGGCUGUAGUAGCAGCACAUCUGGACGCUCGGACACCAGAAAUCCUGGAGUGUGCGACCGCCAAUGCCAGAGAGCUGUACAAGUUAUAGGGACCGUGAACUUUCAUGACGCUAGUCCUUGCGAGCUGAAAGUUUCACUUGUUAUUGUUUGUAUGUUUGUGAACUGUUCAUAAUUUUUUAAAAUAUGUGUGGCCACAUU